AUGAGCCUCGCGGCGGAGCGAGAGAAGAUCAAGUGGUCCUUUAAUCCUCCCUCCGCGCCCCACUUCGUGGGCCUCUGGGAGGCGGGAGUCAAGACCUUUAAGACCCACCUGCGGCGGACCGUGGGUGAUCAAGUCCUCUCAAUAGAGGAAUUCACGACGGUCCUCGCGCAGGUCGAGGCCGUCUUGAAUUCCAGACCCCUCUGCCCGAUGAGCACCGACCCUGCCGACCUCGAAGUCCUAUCGCCGGGUCACUUCCUCACGAUGGAACCGCUCGUCUCCGUUCCCACUCAAGACGUGACCCCGUUACCGAUGAAUCGGCUGA